AUGGCGGCCCCCCAACAGCAGCAGCAGGCCCCGUCUCAGGCUCCGGCGCCCGGGCCGCAGCUCACGCUCCAGGCGGGCCCGGGGCAGCAGCCCCAGCUGCAGGCUCAGGCGGCCGCGCAGGCCCAGGCCCAGGCCGCCGCGCAGGCGCAGGAUUUCGACCCCGUGCAGCGCUACAAGAUGCUGAUCCCGCAGCUGAAGGAGAGUCUGCAGAACCUGAUGAAAAUCGCGGCUCAGAAUCUCGUCCAGAACACGAACAUCGAUAACGGGCAGAAAAGCAACGACGGGUUGGUGCAGCGCUUCGACAAGAGCCUGGAGGAGUUCUACGCCCUGUGUGACCAGCUGGAGCUGUGCCUGCGGCUGGCCUACGAAUGCCUGUCCCAGAGCUUCGACAGCACCAAGCAUUCCCCCAACCUGGUGCCGACAGCCACCAAACCCGAUGCGGUGCAGACCGAGAGCUUGCCCUACACCCAGUACCUGAGCAUGAUCAAAUCCCAGAUCUCCUGCGCCAAGGACAUCCACAACGCCCUGCUGGAGUGCUCCAACAAGAUCACCGGCAAGAUCCCUGCCCAAGGGGGGCCGUAGCCCACGGCGCCGGCACAGUUGUUGCUCCUGUUCCUGCUCGGCAGCCGGCGUGGUUUGAAGGAGACUUGGAUCGUUUCCAGGCCGGCACUGUGUCAGCCGGUGAAACUUUACAAACUUGCAUCUGACCCAGGGCCUGUCUCAUGUCCUCUGAAUUCCCUGCCUGGGUAGAUGGUCUCGUUUGUAUCGAGAGUGAAACGAACGUCCCUGGUCCGUUUCCUCCUCCCCUCUCGUUCUCCUCUAACUCCCUCUGGUCUUACUCCUUCCCUCCCCGCCCUCCCAUUUCUCAUGUUCCCUCCUUUCCCCCUCACCUUUCUCACAUCUCCUAGGCCUGAUCCUCAGCUGCCAUCCGUCGUCAGACCUUCGCCGAGCUCACUGUUGCGACGCUAGCCUAUGCCACCCGGUGGCUUGGCCCACGUACAUUCAGAACGCAUUAGCCCUGCUAAAACUGACUCACCUAGCACAGGAUCUACUUGCUGAAGUCUCCCUUGCCAGGGCCUAAGCACCCUCCACUCCCCUUUGACUUCAGGAGGGGUCGAGGAGACCUGAGAUUGUGCUGCUAAUGAAGUGAGGAGGAUCAGACAGAAUCUUUCUCUGCCAUCAAAUUAAAACUUCCCCCCACCCCAGGUGAAUGGGCUGGAUUGUAGCUUUCCAGGUUGGUGGGUGUAUUAUUUAUUUUUCUUAAACAGUAACCCUUUCAGAGAAAUGCCAUUGAGUUAAAACAAGGCCCGGUGUUAAUUUCCUCCUGCCAUCACACUGACUUUACCUCACUGUAACCCUUCUGUCCUUUGAGACAUUUCUCUCCUGACCUGCCUGGAGCGAGAGGGGAAUCGGACUCCAGCUCAUUUCAAGCUUGUUAAUGAUAACGCCUUUGAUCCUUUAAAACAGAGGGCUGGACUGUGAUUCCAUUCACACCAGCGUAAAGCAGAAGUAACGAACAGAAUUAUCUCUGCGUCAGACUGGCAUAAAACCUAAAGGAGAAUCAGAUCCAAAGAGUGAAUUAAAGCAAAACAACUUUGAUUC